AUGGAGCAGGAGGCAGAGAGGAGGGAGCAGAGUUACCAGGGCAGGUCCAAGCCUCGUUCCGUCAAAGCCUCCAUCACUGGUCUCCUAGCUCUGAUCUGCAGGCUGCUGUUCUACAGACCUGUCUGGACCGAGGAGAACCAGCGACAGAAGAAUGUCCGGUUCAUCUACGUUCGGUUCUCCGCAUGGCACUUUGCCGGGAGUGACCUCCUCUGGGCAGGGCUGGUGAUGAGACUGUGCCUGGCACUGCAGGAGAGCUUCGGGAGACUUCAGCUGGGCCUGUACCGCGUGGCGCAGCACGACGAGGAGGAUGAGGUGAGGAAGAAGGUGAUUGAAAACACAUCGUCAGAGUGGAGAUCUAAGAAGUUCUGCUGUUUCCCUCUCUGGUCCCUGGUCCUGGCCUUGCUGCUGGCUGCUCUCAUAGUCCUCGUCUUCCUGGUGAAGUAUGGCUUCCAGGGGGUUCCAGAAGCACCAGAGCUGGACGGACUGGGAUCAGGAAAUGGAACAGGAGAAGGUCAGAGUGAAGGCCAAAGUGGGGCCGGGGUGUUGGAGGGCCUGGCGUUCGCUGUCAUGGGGGUCCCUGCAGCAGCAGCUUUACGAUUCAUCUUCCAGAUGGGAAAGAACCUGAUCUUCAACCAGGACCUGAAAGUCCGUAAGGCGCUGGACAACGAGAGGGUGAGGAAGGAGAUGUGCCUGUUGUCCAGGUUCAUCCAGUUCAUGGAGGUGUUUGAGCAGAGGAGGAUCCGAGUGGUUCUGGAGAUCACUAACCUGGACCGAUGUGCUCCUAAGAAGAUCGUUGGUGUCCUGGAUGCUAUCAGUAUACUGCUCUCUGAUGAGGAGUCCCCCUUUAUCUCUCUGCUGGCAGUCAACCCUGAGGUCCUGGUUCAACAGGUGAACUAUGCAGACGGGUGCUUCAGUCAAGAAGACAGAGCCUACGCCUUCUUGAACCGCAUCGUGACCCUGGCCUUCACCAUACCGCCGCUCUGCCACGCCUCCAAGCACAAGGUGUUCUACAAUAUCGUUAGCGGCCAAUCAGAGAUCACGGAAGAAGUCAAGGGUCAUGGGUCAAAGGGGAUCGAGCUGAGAGAGCUGGACCUGGGCAGCCCGACGUCAAGUGUUUUGAAGGAGGCCAAUAUUCCUUUGAUAGACAACAACCACAUCAAGGAGGCGCACGUGGCGUUUGCGCUGAGUGAGGACGAGGUGGACAAGAUGAUAGAAUCUGCAUUGGAGAGCAUUCUGUCCAGUAACAGAGGGAAUCUCCACCACUACAUCUCUGAUGACACCAUGUCCAUGAGACGGGUCAUCAACUCCAUCAGGGUGACCGUGGUGCUCAUGGAGGCUCUGAAGACUGAGCUGCCCCCGCCAGAGAACAUCGCUGCCUGGUGUCUGGAGGACGAGCAGCAGAGAGCAGAGAUCGAUGUCGCCGUCGUCGACGAGUCCAAGACUUUGUGGGAGGUGUUCAGCGACUCGAGGAUGGAGCUUCACAUGAUGAGGGAGGAGAUCGAAGACCUGCUGGAGCAGGACGGAGAUCCAGAGAUGUUUGAGAUGUUCCUCAAGGUGCAUUUCCAGUUCAGCGUGAGGGACGCGGAGAGGUUCAAGCUGACCACGGUUAACCUGGAUCAUUCUAUCAGGAGGGAGCUGGCCCGGAUCAGAGGGACCACCAGACUGAAGAAUUCUGGGUGGGGGAGGAACCUGGCUCCUCUCAACAUCAGGACUGUUAUCAACAUGACCUCUGAGGAUGUCUGCAAAGCGCUGGCGAGGUUGAACCUCCCUGAGAAGUACGCAGACAUCGUCCGUAGCAAUGACCUCACCGGCCAGGCGCUGGUCUUCGGGGAUCCCGACGACCUCAAACAGCUGCUCCAGAUGACCUUCGGGGAGUGGACGACCUUCAGACUCCACUUCCUGGGUAUCGGUGGGAGGCCCCAAGGUGGAGCCAAGGCCACGUCCCUAAACCUAAACCCCAAACAACUGACCAAUCAGCAGUCUAAACAACCUCAGUUCGGUCCCCACGGCCACGGGUCAACAUUAAAUCUGUCUUUUUCUUGA